AGUCAUAUCACCAACUACUACUUGGAACUGUCAUCGACAUCAGGCUAGGUUAUCAUCCCCAUGUCGUCCGCCUGUACCCUUCGAACACUGUGUCGAUCAUGUCAUCGUUCUCCUUCGAUCCCCUCCCUCGCCGGUCCUUCAACUUUCCGGCCCCGAACCCCGAUCAUGCAAAGGGGACAAAGGCGGUCACUGUUUUCCCGUCGAAGUACCUCUAGUACCUCUUUUUACACCCAUUCGUUCCCUCCGUCGGCAGAGGCCACUCAGACGAGACUCUCCCUUCCGCCUUCCGCCAAGCGAUCAGGAAGCGGCGGCGCCGUGGCAGAUGACGGUAAGCAGAAGGAGAAGAAGAUGAAAAUGUUCGAGAGUUUAAUGGAUAAAGCAGGAGAGUUGAGUUUACGAUGUUCCGUCCUUGAUGUCGAAGGGAACUGGACGGCUGAAGAAGGAAGAUAUAAGAAAUCAGAGCUGUGUAAGGAACACGACCUGGACCCUCGUGACCUGCGCAAACUUGACUCUUUAGCACCAAACCUGGUUCCUCUCAUACUCACUCGAAAAUCAUGCAUCCUUAUCUCCAUCUUACACAUUCGAGCGCUGAUUAAGCCCGACCGGGUCAUCGUGUUCGACACUGCGGGGACCGUAGAGAGUGAGGUUCAGAGAAAAUUCAAGUGGCAUUUAGAGAAGAACAUCCGGACUGGGUUGUCCACCAGGUGUGGGGAUGAAGUUCGUGAUGAGGAUGUUGAGUUACCAUAUGAACAUCGAGCAUUGGAGUCCAUCCUUGUCGCCACAGCCAAUGCGUUGGAAGAGGAGAUGGCCUACUGCAGACGGAUAGUUCAGCAGCUUUUGGCCGAUCUUGAAGAUGACAUAAACCGCGAGAACCUCAAGAAGCUUUUACACUAUUCCAGGAGGGUAGUCGGGUUUCAGUCCCGUGCGAGAUACGUUAAAAGAGCAGUGGAUGAGCUACUGGAUUCUGAUGAGGACCUUUCGGCGAUGUAUCUCACUUCCCGAGCUCAGGGGAAACCUCGCGCUCUGCACGAUCAUGAGCAACUGGAGCUUCUGCUCGAGAGCUUUCAAAAACAAGUAGAAGAGAUCGUAUCUGAAGUUGAUACCACCGUCGCAAACAUGCAGUCUACUCAAGAGAUCACCGAGCUGAUGCUGGAUUCGGGUCGAAACGCUCUCCUAGCACUUGAUAUCAAAGUGUCCAUCAUCACCUUGGGAGUCACCUCUGGUGCCCUGGUCGCGGGUUUUUUCGGUAUGAACUUAUUGACCCGUCUCGAAAGCCAUCCUCAGGCCUUCUUCAUUGUCUCCGGAACAGCCAUAGGCAUAGCCUUCCUCUGUUCCUACGUCGGUCUCCGUAUACUACGACGAGUCAGGCGCGUCGCCCUCAAUGCCGGUGGUAGAAAAUAUAGUCAACACUUACCUCUCUUAUCCGAAUUAGCCGACCAAGCUCACAUUCAUUCUUCUAUUCCCCAUCAACAACAACCUACAUGGCUCGGCAGGAUAUUCUCGUAUCGCUAUCCCCACUUUCCCCGAGGAUUACCUCAGCUAGCUAUGAGACGAAUGUACUUUCUAGGGAGAUUAUUCCGCGGUAGAAAACCAUGGACUGGACAUAGGUCUUGGCCCGGGAUGAUGAAGAUGGGAAUCAGCUCGACAGCGUCUCCACCUCCCGGUAGAUUGAUAUGGAUCAACGAGAAAGCGGAUCUGGCUAGGGCAAGGGAUGCGUUGAGAUAUCAGCAGAUAGAGAGGGGAGCUGGAGAGUCGGAGGAAGGAACAGACGGGCAAUCGAGGAGGAAGGAGAGAGAUUGGGAAAGAUGGCAGGACGAUUGUUGGGAACAAGGAGGAAAGUGGGGAAAGGUCAAACGAUGGGGUAGAGGUAGAUCGGGAGAAAUGUAGCUGAUAGACUAUAUGUCAUGACCGGGUAGCGAGCCCGCGAUCAUAAACCGUCC